GCGCGCGCGCCAGGCUCCGCAGCGUCGCCGGCGUGCGGCCGACGCCCGACGAGCGCAUGGCAUGCAGGACGCGCAGCGCCGGCGCCCAGCGCGCGGCAGCCACCAGGGCAUCGAGCAGCGGCUCCAGGUGGAACUCGGCCAGCGACAGGCCGCGCGCCUGCAUGGCGCGCAGGAUGUCCUCGGCCAGCGCCGCGUCGCCAGCACGCGCAGCCACGCGCAGCCCGGCCUCGCAGUCGCCCUCGGGCACCUGCGCGCCCAGGGCCUGCAGCGCGCGCCAGCAGGUGCUGAACGCCUCCAGGUGCAGGCCGCGGCCGGCGGCGUGCAGCAGCGCCAGCAGCGGCAGCGCGCCCAGGGACCCGCCGCGCUGCUGCGCGUCGCGCACGGUUUGGAGCGCCAGCGCGGGCUCGUCAAUGUCCGCCAGGGCCUGCACCAGCGCGUCGGUGGCGGCGCGCGACGGCGCCGUGCCGCGGUGCUGCAUUUCGCCCAGCACCGCGUAUGCGUGCUCGGCCUGGCCGCCGCGCGCCAGCGCACUCACAAGCUGCUCGAAGAACACGUGGAACCGCGCGUCGUCGGCCGCCACGCCGGCACGCCGCAUUUCCUCGCCGAUGCCGUAGAUGGCCGCCGGCUGCCGCGCGCCACCGGCCGCGCGCAGCGCCGUUGUGUAUUGCGCCGCGAGCACCGGCGCCCCGGCCUCGCGCAUCUGCCGCAGUACGCGGACGCAGGCGCUGCCGUCGUUCAGCUCGCUGAAGCCGGCGAGCAGCGCGCCAAAGUCGUCCGGCGACAGUGUUGCCGCUGCCGUGCCGGCGGUGCUUUCGCUGUGGAGCUGCCGCAGCUGCGCGCGCUGUGUCUCGUGGUGUUCCGUGAGUCAGCGGCCAGCCGCGCGCCGACGUCUUGGCCCUGCAUGCGCGCAUCCUGCGCCAGGUCUUUGGUGUGCUGGAUCCGGUCGUGUGUGCUCGGGUGGAUGAUGCGGCGGACGCGGGCUGCGAUACUGAUUUCUCGCUGGCGCCACUGAUCCCAUCGUCCGUGAGCGUCAGUGGCGCCGCGUAGUGCCGCUGCGCUGUGGCGAGCACUGUGGGAAUGCGCCGCGGAAGCCGCUGUGAGAGCCUGGCGAGCAUCGGGAGUUUUCAGGGCCCUCGUGUGUUUUUUGUCUUUGGGGGCGUGCGAAAGCGAUAGCAGGCGAGCGAGUAGAGAGAGAGAUAGCAGGCGAGCGAGAAAGAGAGGCAAAGAGAGGCAAAAGAAAGAGAUAACAGGCGAAAGGGGGAGGGAGAGAGAAAAAGAAGGAAAAAGAGAUCGCAGGCGAGAGAGAGAGAGAUCGCAGGCAAGAGAGAGAGAGGGA